UCACAUAGAGGUCCCAGCCAGUGCUAAAAAAUAUGGCAGUGGGGAAUCUUCUUUUGGCAGCAUCAGUUUUGUUCACAGGCAAUACAUUCACCACUUUGCAAGAGAUCUGCGAAAAUAUGAAAUUGACUAUCAUGACUGAACGAGAUUUUUAUCUCAUACAAAGGAAAUUUUUGCUGCCUUCCGUUAAUCAGAUGUGGGAAUUUCAUCAACAAGAAAUUCUUAAAGAUUACAGCACCAAGAUUAACCUGACCCUCGCUGGAGAUGCCCGAUGUGACAGCCCUAGCCAUUCUGCUACUUUUGGUACUUAUUCGCUUAUGGAUUGUGAGAAAAACAUCAUUCUUACAACUAAUGUUGUUAAGGUGACAGAGGUCAAAAAUUUGUACCAUUUGGAAAAUGAGGGAAUGAUUCGUAGUUUAAAACAGCUAGAGCGAGCAGGUGUGAAAGUGACUACACUAGCAACAGACAGGCAUCCCCAAGUAACUAAAACACUAAGGGAAAAAUUUGGCAACAUUAACCAUCAGUUUGAUGUGUGGCACAUUGGAAAGAGCCUAACGAAAAAGCUAUCAGCCGCAGCAAAGCGGAAAGAGUGCGCCGACUUUCAACCUUGGGUGAAGUCCAUCAUCACUCAUUUUUGGUGGUGCGCAGAUACUUGCCAAGGGAGUGAGACUCAAUUAAAGCAAAAGGCAAUAUUAGCAGACGAAGUAGACCAUCAAAAGCAGAUGCAGUACAAGAACAUGUCUCCAGAUUUAGAAAUGCUUUAG